UGUCAUUCUCCAGCAUUCUGCUCCAUACAGCAGGGUGGAAAGAACACAGCUCUGAUAUAUUUUGAGCUUGAGUUCCAAAUCAUCCAGAAAUUGUUCAGUGGGUUGAGGUCAAGGCUCUGUGCUGUACACUCAUGUUCUUCCACACCAAACUUGGCGAAUCAUGUCUUCAUGGAUCUCGCUUUGUGCACAGGGACAUUGGAGACAGUUGUGUGCUUCCAACUUUGUGGUAACAGUUUGGGGAAGAACCAAACUGAUCUCUUUUUUUUUCAUGCAGGUUUUUUUUUUUCAUGUAUUUGUAAGAUAUUUUGGUUACACAGCUCUAUUUUUAUUAUUGUUUUCUUUAUGACCCAAUUCGCAUUUACAUAUUCAUUACAUAACUAGUACAUAUUUUUUGAGGAGUGGCAUCGAAAACUACAUUUUAUUUAUACAUAUACAUAUUUAUACAUAUAUAUACAUAUAUAUACAUAUAUUUUAUACACCAGACGACACAACUUGUAUAUUAAAAAAUGUCUUGUAUAAGAGACGAAACUACUUGUCACUGCUUCCAUGAAAGUGACUAAUACGGAACCAAAUUUUCAUUCCACGGUUUUUACUCGGCGGAUAUUUAUAACGGACCAAGUUUCCUGGCAACAUUCAUCCUCCGGAAAGAACCGAAGAGCAGGUUGAGGGAUGAGCCACUCCUCUGGGAUUGGCCACGAUGUGCAGGAGGAGACCGAUGGGACGGACAGUCCUGACUCUCCAGAGGCCUGCAAUUGGACAGCCGCUAAUGGCUCCGCCUCCCACAUGCAGAAAUGUCGGGAUGGAGUAGCUUGCCUGGAGCAAGACAAACAGGAAGGAACUCCUGAGACUCACGCACACCCACUCCACAGCAUGGACCCUGCGUACAGACAAAUACAUACAAACUCAGCGCCUCACACCAACACGUACGCCUGCGAAGAUGGCCCCACACACACAGACGAAUACACACCUCACUCAGAAACCGUAACCAAAGACAGUCCGUACAUGGAAACUGCCAGCAUGCCACACACACAAGCCAGUGAUGGGUGGGGAGGAGCGGAGGAGGAGGAGGAGGAGGUCAGAAGCCAGGAUGAUGAAAGAGAUGGUGAGGAAGUGGAAAACAGUGAGGAGAAUCAGCAGAGAGCAGACUUUACUGUGCAGCCAGUAAAAGAGACCACGUCUGAAGACUCAACCACUUCACAAAUGCCACCUACAGAACCGGUCAACUGUAUCUCUUAUGAUGAUGGUCAUUUGUCUGCUUCCACGCCCCCUGACCAGGCCCCGCCUCUGGUCCCAGCUCCUCCCCCGAGCUCAGUCCCUCCUCCCCUGCUGCCAGCACCUGAUGAUUGGCCACGGCCGGCUCACGUGAUGGCAGAGGUGCGGGUGCGUUCUGCUCCUGGACGGGAGCGGGUUGUGCGUGGUAUGCAGGACAGUAAGAGUCUGGACGGCAUCAGUGAAGCGUGCGGAAGUGGCAUGCGGGCGGCCGCAGGCGAGGGUCGCAGGGCCACUAUCUCCAGCGCCCUGGAACUGGAGGGAACAGUGAGCCGUGACGGAGAUCUCACCCACUUCAUCGCCAAGAACUUGGAGCAGAAAAUCAAAAUGAGUUCGCGCCCCAGCCUUGACACCGACUCGGACUGCUCAGGCCCAGUGGUGCGAGGCCGUGGUUCGUUGCGUCGACCAGCUGACAUCCCGCCCAUAGACCCUAGUGUGCUACUGGACCUACACAAACACACUCAGGAGGUUGCACAGAGCGUGGAGAUGAUGCUCCGCAGCCUCAAUGGAACCAUCCAGAAUAUGACAGCAUUGAGUGUGGGUUAUAUUCAGACAUACCGAGACUCUGUGGACAGUUUGGGGGAAUCGGUAGAUAUGAGCAUAAAGGGAAUGUACACACUGAUGGCACGUUGUGAGGAACUGGAUCGCUCCAUGCAGCCCAUCCAGACGCUCGCGGCUCAGAUCAGAGACAUCAAGCGCACACUGGACACUCUGGAAGCCAUCUGCAAGUAAUAUACAUGAGCGUGACUACGCCAUGUAGCUCCAGGAGAUGCUCUGUAACGACUGCGCCCUCUGCUAAUUAUAAUGCGACCGAAUCACUUUGCUAACGAUCAUGUCUCCUAGAAACGCUCCGUGAGCGCUGCGCUCCUACCCUCUAUCGCCUCUCAGUGGUGAUGAUCCUUUUGUUGUGGCUCCACUCCGUUAGAAUGAUUGGAAAGAGCAAUGGACUCCAGUCUGUGAGCUCACACCGUCCAACAGAUUGACGUCACGACCAUGAGAAGUCUCUCUCUCUCUCUCUCUCUCUCUCUCUCUCUCUCUCUCUUUCUCUACACAUGGUACUGGGAUUAUUUAUAGUGCGUGUCUAUGUUUUGAGAGACGAGUUGGUAAUGGCAUUGAAAUCCUUAAAUUAGGUCAGAUGUGUCACAUCUGUAUUUGUCACUAUGGAAACGUGUUCUAGAAGCCAUUCUCUGUUUGUAUUUUUCUCCCUCUGGGUGUUUGUGUGUCUUCAGAUUGGAUGCUAUGUAUCCCCUGUUUCCACCAUGACCACUGAUCAAUUCUAACACGUGUGACCUUUUAAUCGUCCUGAGAGCUUUGGACCUUCUGUUGCCACGGUGAUGUUCAUGAUGGACAUUAUCACAGAGGCUAUGCGUGCUGUCGUUUUGAAACAAACCCUGGGACUGAAGACGGGCGUGUGAGUAAAAUAAGAUUAAAAAUAGACAGGGAAUGAAGCGGAGUGCGGGACAGUCCCUGAUCGCCAGCCCUUGUCCGUCUCGUUCCGUGUCUGCUUCCAGUACGGCAAUUUAUUAAACUGUCUGGCAUAUGUGUAUGUUUUAAAGAAUGCAAUAUAACAAUAAAUUUAGUAGAAUGAUCUAGAAUUAUGCUUAUCAUAUUUAAGAUGAAACCUUUGGUAGCCUCAAGCAAGUGCAUCAGCUCAGCUCUGAAAAGUAAAUAAUUGAUGCUUGAAACUAAAUGGGUAAACAGGAUUGGAGAAUAUAAAGCAAACAUUUAUUUGGAGAUAAAGUACAGUCUGUACUUUUUAAUAGGAAACUGUAGUGUAAAUGAUAUUCUUCUUCUAUAAUGCUUUCUAAGUUAGAGCUGUUUUUAUAAAUUGUACCUUUUUUGCACAUACAUUUCAUUCCAGAAAUAUUGACAUCCAGAAUGGGGGAAAAUAAUUGGAAUUGGAAAUAAACAUAAUAUUAAAAAU